GGUCUUUUUUAUGAUGCGUGUUAUUAACGCAUUAAAAAAACAUAUAGAUUAGUACACUUUGACUUGUUGGCUUAUCGGACGCUGAAAUAAUUUAAAAGCACAGUUUUAGAUAUUCAGGACACCCAAAAGUCAACGACAAAUGUCAAAGUCCGAAAGCGGUUUGAAGGCUUCCGGCUUUCCGUAGCUGAAGCCGACUACGUUGACAACAUGGCGUCGUCGGAUGUCCACGUACGAAUAUGCGAACAAGAAAUACUCAAAUAUGACUUGGAAAUCAAAGCUCUCAUCCAGGUGCGAAUAUUAAUUUGGACAUUACUGAGUGCACAGGACCUCAUAGCACGCUGACAGAGAUGAACACAGAAGUUAAAAAGAGUUUCCACAACCUCAGACUCCGUAUUCAGGAUCUGGAGCAAAUGGCCAUGGAGCAGGACAAAGAGUCAGACAAGCAAGCUUUGAUAAGUCAGGUCGAAGGACACAGAAAACAGAUGUUGAGUAACCAGACAGCUUGGAGAAAAGCCAACUUGGCCAGCAAACUCUCUAUCGACAAUAUGGAGAAGCAGGCACUCCUUAAUGGGGCAGAUAGUGCUGUGAGACCGAGGAAAAUGACCAAAGAGGGCCUGGCCCAGACAACCAGUACCAUCACAGAGAAUCUUAUGAGCAUUAGCCGGAUGAUGGCUCAGCAGGUUCAGCAGAGUGAAGACACUGUAACGUCACUAGCAACCUCGUCAAGGACAGUCCAGGAGACCAAUGAGGAAUUUAAGGCCAUGACAGGGACCAUCCAGCUGGGAAGGAAACUCAUCACCAAGUAUAACCGCAGGGAGCUCACCGAUAAACUGCUCAUCUUCCUGGCUUUGGCGCUUUUCCUUGCUACAGUGCUCUACAUCCUUAAGAAGAGACUAUUCCCCUUCCUGUAGACCAGGUACCACUAGGAAGCUCGUCACAAUUUCAUUCUAAUCUUAACCGCCUCACAGACACUAUGUCCUUUACACACACAGUUGAAUGUGAAGAGCCAAGAGUAAAAUAACUGAGAAAGGAUAAAGCUCCACACCACUUAACUACAUGCAGUGUUUUAUUUAUUGAGAACAUUUUAAUCAACAAAACAAGACUGUCUCUUCUAUAAAAGAAGAUGUGUUUUUAGGUAAUGCUGUGCAUUGCUUUUAGUGAAGUCAGUGGUGAGAGGAGAUGGAUGUCCCAUACACAUUUAUGUGUAUUUGCAUGAAAUACACAGGUUUUACAAAAAGAACUGAUAAUACUAUAAUGACCACAUAGUUCGCAUACUAUAAAUGCAGAUGAAGUCUGAUACACACACUUUCAUGUCAGUUCAAGACGAAAAAAAUUUCUGCUCAACAUUAACAACAUUUAGGUGGAUACAAAUCAAGACUGUUUUUCUCCAAUUCUUUAAUGGCGUGAAUAUCAUUAUAGCAGCACUUGUACAUAUUGUAUUCCUGUCAUUUUUACAUUUUAGCCCCACCCUGUGUAUAUUUUGGAGUAUAUAAGGUCUAUUUAACAACAAGGGACCUCCUCCAUAUACACCUAAAAAUAACCUAAGAAAGUUAUUUCUCAACUCAAGAUUGUUUUGUAUACAAUGUAUUUGAUUAGUCUGUGUAAUUGUUAUUUAAAAUGACCUGUCUAAUUACUGUGUUUUUGACUGGAUUUUGAUUCUUUAUUUAAUUCAUUAUUUUGGAUCUAGUAUUAAAAUGCUUUAAUAUAAACAGCUGAACUCCCUCAGAUUGUGGUUAACUCAAUGGAUAAUUGGAAAAAUACACCAGGAUGUGCACUGAAAAUUAUCCCUAUGUCCUAUUCUUUUGGCAUUCAUGUCAGAAAAAAAAACUCCUCCUUUGUGUGGAUGCUGUCUUUCAUCUCUUCCUGUGUUAGUUUGGCUUUUCUCUGCAGCCGAGCAGAAAAGCUCUGAAAGCAGUGGCACUGUUCACAUUAGCAGAGAUAGAGCAGCAUGCAUCCCUGCCUUUCUUCAGAUAAGACCCAGAAAAGCAGAUUAUUCCAACCUGAUUCCCGCCUCCCCUUUCCAGUGUGGAUGGAGGGUGAGGGAAGAUAUUUUUAGAUUUGUGUGGCUUUGUUAUCUGCCGUUGCCUUUUCAACACCUCAGAGGAGAGGGUGGCCAGAGGGGCUACAUGACCUUGCUCUCCUCAUCACAAUUGCCUGGCAUUGCCAUUUUGUUAAAUAUACACAAGUGCUGACGGUAUUGGUUAUCAAUAAACACAAAGUCUUAUGCCGUGAUGUG